AAUACAAUAAUUUCAUUCAAACAGUAAACACUAUGGAACAAUAUCUGCAGACUACUUAUAACAAAAGGCAAGGCAUCUGGAGUGGCGUCAAGUUAAGUCCCAUGUAUGACUUUGACUGUUCAGUUGGUCGCAUUAUACACAAAGCGCUAGGCACUUAUCCCACAAACGUUGCUCAGAUUUGUCUAAUUGAUGGCAAGACGACAACAAAUGCGGAAAUUCUAGCCUGGUCGGUGCGUUUGGCUCAGCAUUUUAAGCAGCGCUGCCUGCGGCAUGAUGACGUCAUUUGCAUAGCGGCUAAGACAAGCACCUAUAUAACGCCCACUGCCGUGGCUUGUUUGUUCAAUGCCACGCCCUUUCAUGCUGUGAAUCCUACGCUGGAGCUGACUACGCUCACACAUGUCUUGGCCAUAACCAAACCCAAGCUAAUCUUUUGCGAUGCAGCGCAAUAUGAGAAGCUAAAGACAGCAAGUGCCGCCUGGUCGCCUGAGUUUAUCACUAUAUUAGGUAAAGUGGAGGGCGUGGCACAUGUGGAGGAUUUGUUGACAGCCACGAAAACAGAAAUGUUUUAUCAGCCCGUGCCCUUAUGUUUAGGCGGCAAUCAGACAAUGGCCAUACUUUGUUCAUCCGGCACCAGCGGACAGCCCAAGGCUGUUUGUAGGCCAAAUCAUCAGCUUAUUAUAAACAGCAACUUCAUUGGCAGCGACAUGGUUAUCUAUUGCAAUUCUGGCCUAGACUGGAACUCGGGUCUCAUAGCCUUUCUAUAUAGCGUAACUAAUGGCUGCACACGCAUAAUACCGGACAAGCCAUUUAGUGCGACAUACUUUGUGGAAUUGGUGGACAAGUACAAGAUCAACUUUGUCAUGUGUGGGACGCGACAUGUGAAUGAGCUAAUCGCCAGUCCAGAGGCUACAAGGCAACGCUUAGCUAGCAUUAUGCUCUUGGCCAUAGGCGGCAGUUGGAUAGCUGCUGAUUCGCUAAGACAGCUGCAGCAACUGUUAAGUGGUCAAAUCUUUUAUGCCUACGGCUCUACGGAAUUUCCCUUGACCAGCGGUGGCUUCUACAAGGAGCACUUGGGCAAUUCAGUGGGCCAGCUGCUGCCAGGUCGAAGCGUGCGCAUUGUGGAUGACAAUGGCAAGAGCCUGGGCUGUGGCGAAGUGGGUGAACUACUGGUGCAUUAUAUACACAGCUGGAGCGGCUACUACGGCAAUGCGCUGGAGACGCAGCGCACGCAGGACGCUCAGGGCUGGUUCCAUAGCGGCGACUUGGGCUACUUUGAUGCAGACCAUAAUCUGUAUAUAGUGGAUCGCAAGAAGGAGAUCUACAAGUGCCUGGGCAUGCAGUACUCGCCGAAUGAACUGGAGUCGCUUAUAGCUGAGCUGCCGGCUGUGCAAGAAGUUUGCGUUGUGGGCAUCUAUGAUGAGCGCUUGGGUGAUGCGCCUGCUGCGCUCAUUGUCAAGUGUCCAGGAAGUUUCUUGAGCGAGCAGCUAGUAAAACAGCAUGUGGAAAAGCGUUGCUCGGUGGCAUACAAGCAGCUCCAUGGUGGCGUCUAUUUUGCCACUCAGUUGCCACUCAAUGCCAAUGGCAAAGUGCUGCGUCGAGCGGUGAAGCUGCAAUUGCAGCAAUCCCUGCCAGAUCGUUGAAAAUGCAGCUUUUGUUUUGUUUUAAUAAAUAUUUAUAAAAGUAUUUAGUUUAUGUUAGUAAUAA